AGUAAACUCAUGGGGUUUUAGUUACAUUGCUAUUUGUAGGCUUAAUCUCCCCUUUCUCUCUUUGAUAAUGUGACUGAGCUUUGCUUGUAUUUCUUCCUUGUGAUGGAUAAACUUGGGGUGUAAUCUCUGGUCCUUAAGCAAGAGGGAUAUUUAUAGCCCAUGUAGUCUUUUUCUGCACAGGGGACACUGCAGGAAAUGAAAGCUGUGCAUGAAAGGUGUGGCUCUCAGAACCGGAAACCACCUCAUAGUCCUCUGUGGAUAAAUUUGGUUUUAAAAGGGUGGCCUACAGUGAGACUUAACAAAGUGCUUGGGUCAGGUCAGAAAUACAAGUACAUAGCAGCUUAGUGCCACAUCAUGUGGGUCUCAUGUCCUAAGAUUUCAUGGGCUUCUCUGGGAUUCCUGGCAGGUUGUGCCUUAUCAGAGGGCAGGAGACACUGGGUUCUUCCAUCCACAGUGUGGAUCUUUUCCCUCUCAGCCAGACCACUGGAAUGUGUGUGCAUCUGGCAGCAGUUUGGCUCUGUAGACAGAGAACAGUGUAAGUGUUGCUACCAGUUUAAUGAAGCAUUUCAGGUUCUGGCUGAAAGAUAAGGUAAUGCAAUAGUGUUGUUAUAAAUAGUUGUGCUUUAUUCUGAAAGUUAGACCUAACUAAGAUAAAACUCUUUUAAGCUCUCCUAGUUAAAUCAGUGGAUUACAAAAAAAAAAAAACAAAAAACAAACAAACAAAAAAAAAAGCCCCAAAAAACCAAACAAAAACACCAAAGCAAAACAAAACAAAACAAAAAAAAACAAAACCAAACAACAAAACCUAGCAGUACAGACUAGGAUAGUUCUUGGUUUUCUAGAAACAAAUCAUUGAGAUUUCCUUUCCGACAAUACUUCUGAAGUACAGAUAAAAUGGCUUCCUGUCCCAGGGUUUCCUGUAUCCAUGGCAACCUGACUUCAGGCACUUCUUUCUUAGUUUCCUGAGCAAACUGUUGGAAACCCUAGGGCAAAAAUGUGAAUGCUGUCGUAUAGAGCAAUACUGCCUUUACAAAGGUUUCACAGAUGAGUGUAGUUGGUCAGCUUAUAGUCUAGCGGACUGCAAGCAGCAAAAUAACGGAAAUAAUGAACUUCAGAUUUGGGUGAAGUCAGAGAGGAGUAAGAAGGCCAAAGACAGGGAUAUGUGUGUUCUGCAAAGUUCUUCACCCUGCCCAGGAGCAUUCCUGUAUAUAUUUAAUUGGUUUUUUUUGUUGCUGCUCCAGAAGGAGGCUUUUGGCUGUCCAUCUGCUUGUCAGCUCUGCACAGGGAGACAAGUUAGCUGUCGUAAUGCAGGGCUUUCAAGCAUCCCUUGGAACCUUCCAAAAACAACAAUUAUUGUUUACCUCAGUGGAAAUAAUAUAUCACAUGUCACUCCAAAUCAUCUAAGAGGCUUUCUGAAGCUUGCUGCACUCUACAUGGAUAACUCCAGUAUUUUGUAUGUACACCCAAAAGCUUUUGUGGAACUCCCCAGACUGUGCUACUUGCAUCUAAACAGCAAUAAUAUUAAACGCCUGGAUCCAGGAAUCUUUGAAGGGCUUUCCAAUCUUCAUUGUUUAUACCUUCAGAAUAAUCAAAUAGCUUUUCUUCCCAGGGGAUUAUUUAGUGAUCUUCUUUCUGUUAGAUAUUUAACUCUUCAAAGAAAUUGUCUCAGUGUCCUUGGAAGUGGGACUUUCUGGGGAAUGAUAAGUCUCCAAACACUAAACCUGGCAAAUAAUAAGAUUUCACGGAUAUCAGAUGCAGCAUUUCAUCAUCUUGAAAAUCUUGCAUAUUUGUUUCUUGAAGGUAACAACUUGCCAUUUGUGCCAUCAAAUGCUAUUGGAAGGCUCAAAAAUCUUGAAAGACUUUCUUUGUCUCACAAUCCCAUUGGAUCAAUUCAGCCUUUUGCAUUUAAGGGACUUAAUAAGCUUAAAUACCUGUCUUUGAAAAAUGUCAAGCUAAAAUGUGUUGCUGUGAAUGGAUUUUUUGGGUUAAACAAACUUAGCCAGCUAAUCUUAAGUUAUAAUGAUUUAGAAAAUAUAAAUUCUAGCACUUUUACCUUAUUGAACAAUUUAAUGUAUCUCCAGCUAGACAGAAAUAAAAUAGCCAGUAUUGGCAAUGGUACCUUUGAAAAAAUGGGGCGGUCACUUAAAGUACUCAAUUUAGCAUUUAAUAAAAUCACAGAGUUACAACCUGAAGUUCUCAAGCCCUUAGUAUCUUUAACUCAUCUGCAGGUACAUUCUAAUCCUUGGAACUGCAGCUGUAAAAUGCUUGCAUUACUGAAUUGGCUAGCAUCAUCUUCUGUUUCUGCAAAAAUUCACUGUCAAAAUCCCCAGAGUAUGCGUGGUAGACCUUUGCAUUAUAUGAAAUGGGCUUGGUUUUCAAACUGCAUUGUCCCCACUGCCAGCCCAGGCUCUGCCCCGAGUCUGGGAUCUGUUCGGAUGCAUCACAGUGCUACCACUCUGCUGAUGGCCUGGCAUAAAGGGAGCAGCCACAAUACAUUGGAACAGUUUGUCACUGCAGAAACUAAGUAUAUUGCUUUCUGGGAAGGAACUACAGCUACAUCUUCUACCCCAUUGCCUUAUCAGGAAUAUGCUGUUGAAGUGCCAUCACAGGCAGCAACAUUACCAGUGCAAAUAACAGCAGAAAUUAUACCUACUAAUAGAAAUGUAGAAGAAGAAUGGUUGUUUGCAACAGAUCCUGCUCCUGUGUCAUUAAAAACAACCCUGAUUUGUACACAACAGGUUAAAAAGCUGAAUCAAGCUUUUGAUAUUUUACUAGCCUUUUUCGUUCUGGCUUGUGCUGUUAUCCUGUUCUUAAUCUGUAAAAUUAUUCAGUUUAGGCAAAAACUAAAGGUGCUGGAAAACUCCGGGGAAAAGAGUAUAGAAUAUUAUGGCUUUUACCAGCCUGGCAGAUACAACAUAACUGACUCAGUGCAGUCUCUAACUCGGAAAUCCAUGGAACAUUCAGAACUGGACCAAAUAAGGCUGCUCAAGCGAACAGUAUCAGAAAGUCAGGCACAGGUCAUCUUGUUUGAACAUUCAUCAUUGUAAUUUAUCUCAUUUGAUUUGGUGUUAACUGUGAUAUGAAAGGUCAAGAAAUCAAGAACUUGAUUCCGUAAAAAUACCUCCACCAAUUAAAAUCAACUGCUUAAUAAAACUGUGGAAAAUGACACAAUUUGGGUUCUGAAUCAAACAUUUGCUUACUGAAUGUUUUGAAAUUUAUUGAUUAUUUCAUUAUAAGUAAUUUCAAUCUAACAUGUAUAAGUUUAUUAACCUAAGUCCCUGUUUGUUGUAAUCGUUCACCUAUUCUCAAGUAUACAUGCAGUAUAAAGUACACUUUAAUUUAUUUUUCCAUACUUCAUGAUGUAGAAGUUCCUAUAGAAAUUCCGCAGCUAUUGAGAAGUAAGCAAAACAUUCGUUCUUAGUCAUAUCAUGAAGCCAAGAAAUCUUGAGGAAUCAGAAAACAGUGUUUCAUGUGCUUAUUGUAGUAGAGUUUCUACUCUUCCUCUAUUAAAUAAAGCACAGUGGAAAAAAGCACAUUUACGGUUAGCAUGUUCAAACUCUUGAGUAAGAGAAAAAUUUCAAACUAUACAAAUUCUAUGCAUACCUGUAGCAUAUUGUAAUAUAUAAAGUUGUAUAUUCAGUCUGUGUAAUAAAUAUAUUAAAGUGACUUUUUUGUUAGUGUGUAUCUGUAUAGUUUUAUGAAAUACCCCAAAUUGGACUUGAGAAAAACAAAAUUGCUGUAUAAAUUUACCAAAGUGUAAUGACCAAAUUUAUUAUGUCUAAAGUAAUAGAGCUGGUUAAUAAAAGAUCUUCAUCCAUGUCAUAGUACUAUGUAGUAAUAUUUUGAGGAACUUUUUAGCUAGAUAAGGGGUGCAAAUUGAAGAAAUACACUACACUGUAAGUACAUAAUGCUAAAUGAAUGGCUGAAAACAUUUACAUAUUUGGUUUAUAUUUGGAGGUGUCAGGUCAAGAUGUGUUUUUAGUUAAAACUUCAUCUUCAAAAUGGGGAUAUUUUCUUUUAUAGUUUGCAUAUAACUUUUUUAUUUUUAUUUCAAAUGUUGGUGUUCUGUUGUUGUCAGGUUAUGUCUAGUAUGCUGUAGCUUUAUUUUCAACCUGAAUUUCUGUGAUUUUUGUUUUUCUGUUACUUCAAUAAUUCAAACUUUGUUCUGGAAUUAAAUGUCAUGAAACUAUAUGCCAAAUGGUCCAAUGCUGUAAAAUUUUCAGCCAACGGGACUUAGUUUUGUAGAUGUUCUUUUUCUUCUACAGGCCUGUGCCCUAGAGAUUUCAGCCAUGUUGUUUAUGAGUUCUACAUUUGACAGGUAGACCAUUUUCCUCAGGGAAAAGUGGGUAACAAUGCUUUGAUAGACUUUCCUCUGUGGUGUUGAUUUAAAUUGUGUUAGAAGUAUGUUACUGUUCCAGGCUCCAGCCUGGAGCCUGUGGCAUUCUCCGGCUGAGCCAGAGCUGCACUCAGCAUUCUUGUUCUAUCUCCUCUCUUUCCUGCUGGUGUAACUCCUGUGCGUAUCCAGGCUAUGCAGGUCCCGGUCAUCUUGUUUGUCCAUCUGCAGUUCUUUUCCAGCAGGGAAAAAUCUUACUAUCUGCUACCAGGACAUGUAUAAAUCUUGACUUCACUGAAUGGGUGUGAAAGUGCAAGUAUGACUUCAUUGUUGUUUGCUAUUAGAGUAAUGAAAUAAUACUGUAUUUGACUGUAAAUUUAUUGUAUCAUAGAUCAAAUACUUCUAGAGAACACAAAAUUCAGCUUCUUGGACAAAAGCUUAAGCUGUUCCAUAUUGCUUGAGUAGAAACUAUUUUUUAAAAUCAUCCUCUAACUUAAGACCAGAUGUUAAAUAUAAUCGGCAAAUGCUUUUAAGAAGGGAAAACACUGGCUGUAAUUUAUACACUUUUUUUCCAGAGGCUAAUCCACUGCAGUCUCUUCCUCUUUAACCCAUUUUUUGUUACCUUCUGUCUCUCCUGCAUAAUUCAUUGUGAUAAACACUAAUUUUGUUUUCACUUAGUAACAACUGCACAAUCAGUGAUGGCACAGUAGUAGGUUCUGCAAUUUUAUGUGCUAUAUUUUUAAAUUUUUAAUUUUAUGUGGACACCUUCAGAAAUAAUGGACUUCAAAUGCAGUAGGAACUAGUUAAGUUUUUCUUGCUAGAAAUGCUGCUAUGCCUUUCUUACAGAGGAACUUUGGUAGUGCACAGAGGUUAAAAACUGAAUAAACCUAAUUCUCAAAGAAAUCUGUCAGGGAGCAGCUCUGUUAUUUUAGGCUCUGGUUUCCACAGCUGCUCUUUACAGAAAGGCAUGAGAGGUUCUCUCUGUAGGUGCAUCUUUUUCACUGACAAGCUGCUGUGGGAGUUGUUUGCCAGGUAUGCAUCUCACCAUCUGUAGUCGUGGAACAUGAAAGGAAACUGAUGUUGCAGCUGUUUGUGCAGCAGCGAGUUAAAGCCAUUGAAAGCCAUCCUUUGGAGUGGAGACCUCCUCAAAUAACCAGCAUGCCAACACGGGGGUUAGAAUAACAAGGCACUGGGAGAUUUAUUAUGCAGUUAUGAGGGAAAUGCCUUUCUUUAGUAGUCAGUAUCUUUUGUAUUUAAAUGUUCACAUGGGGAAACCAACCCUUUCGUGUACACGUGUGGUUCAUAUGUUAAUUAAAAUAAUUAGGGAAUAAUUAGAAGUCUUAGUUGAGUCUGCCCUCAUGAAGCUAAGUGGUGCUUCAUGAAGAUCAGGUUUAUGGUCAGUCAUAGGACUCCCCUGGAAAGAGUCUUAGCUGCUGCUUUGCUGCUUUACAAGCUCCCUAGAACUGUGCACCUCCUACGGGGGUAUGUGUUUGUGUGUGUAAUAAUCAUUUACAUCACUUACAGUUUGUGCUGAGUUAUCUCUGUUUGUCCCACUCCACCUCUUUCCUUGGCUAAUGAGAUAAGAAAAAAAUUAAUUAAGCUUUCUCAAUAUGUAAACCAGUAAAGAUAUGAAAUCAAACUCUUCUUAGCAUUCAUUGCAUCAUCCUGGUGAAUGUAGAAAAGCAGAAAAUGUUUUAUCUUUUUAUCUCUGAAAAAGUAUUUCUUCUCAUGCAGAUUUUUUUCCUCCUUCUCUGAGGAAUAUGCAAAGGAGAUAAGGGGGCCAUUUUAUUUAAGGACCACUAAGAAAUAUGUCAGUACAUCUUUUAAUAUGAUGAUAGGGCUUUGUCUACAGUAGUUUGCUAUAUAAUUUAAGUAAAAAUUAAGAAUUUUCACAUAAAACCUCAGGAUAAUAAGUUGUAUAGAUAGCUUUGUGCAUUAGAAAUUACAGACAGAAUGAAAAAAACCAAACUAUCUCUUUUAUUUUCAGAACAGAUGGGGUCUGUUCUGUCCCUUGCAAAGCUUUUAUUUUUUUAUCUAAAAACUUAUGCAAACUUUGAAAUAGAAGUUUUGAGAUGAUUCUUAACGGAAGCUGCUCUGAAUGUUAUAUUUUGUUUUCUGUAUUGGUAAGGUGAAUUUUAUUAACAGGCAGCAUACAAUAUCCUUACUGCAAUAGAAAAAUGUCUUUGAAACUGGAUUAUGAAGUGUUCCAGGGCCUAACUGUGGGCCUUUUGCUGUAUACCAAAAGAGGUUUUGUCCCAGUAAUUUAGGAAGACUGGGUAGAUAUAAAACCGGUUAUAGAUUGAUGCUUUUGUUUGUUUCAUUGCUAAUCUGGAUUGUAUGCAAUUCAAGGGGGAACUGCUUAAAUGGUGCCUUCCUCCCAGCAUACGAUUUUAGUAUGAAACAUUAACUGUUCUGUUCUGAAAAUUCGUCUGAAUGAUUUUGUCUUUGAAUCUGCUCAUAUGACUUCUGUACUUAUUUCUUGAAAUAAGCAGGCUAAUUUUAGUCUCUUUUGAAAAGGUAUUACAUUGAGUGGCACGGCAUGCUUUCUCAUCUAUGAAAAUAAAGCCUGAUGCAUUUUAUAUUGCCACUGAAAUUUGAGGUUUCUUUUUUUAAAAUGUGAAUCUGUGGUAUCUUUAUUUUUCACCUGCUUGUGUUUUGUAUUUUGGAAAUAGUUGCAUUGUUUAAUGGCCCCAUACUUGGUAAAUAUUUCAGUGGGUCUUCGGUAGAAAGAAACUGUAUGUCUCAUUUAAAGGGAAAAGAAAAAAAAAAAAGGAGAAAAUAAAAGGUAUCAUAUUUACUGAAAGCUGCAGGAAAAUUUCAUUUUGAAAGGUGUUCUACAUUCUUUCUUUUACUUAAAAAAAACCCAAAAAAACUCUCAUGAAUCUUCCACUAAAGAAGUGAAAUACUAUUUCUCAUUUAUGUUAUAAAGUAGGAAUAUUCUUUCCAAGAAAUUAAUGAUUUCCCUAUGUGCUUUUGUGGUAACUAUCAAGAACAGUGAUGUUAUGCUCUCUGUGCUGAUGAGACCCUAACUGGAGUGCUGCAUGCUGUUCUGGGGCCCUCAAUAUAAGAAGGACCUGAUACUCCAGGAGCAAAUCCAGAGGCCAGAAGGUUGAUAAGAGUGGAGCACUUCCCCUAUGAAGACAGGCUGAGAAAGUUAUGGCUGUUCAGCCUAGAGAAGAGAAUGUUGUGUGGAGACCUGACUUCAACCUUCCAGUCUCCGAAAGGGCCUCCAGGGAAGCCAGAGAGGGACUGUUCAUCAGAAACUGUAGUGAUAGGACAUGGGGAAAUGGCUUGAAACUGAGAGUAGGUUUUGAUUUGAUUUUUCACCUCACCCAUAUUGUGAGGGCGAUGAGGCACUGGGUUACCCAGAGAAGCUGUGGAUGCUCCAUUCCUGAAAGUGUUUAAGGCAGGCUGGAUGGGGCUUUGAGCAGCCCGGUCCAUUGGAAGGUGACCUGCCUAUGGCAGCAGGCACAUAACUAGGUGAACCUUUGAGGUCACUUUUAACCCAAACCAUUCUGGGAUUCAUGCAAGUUGGAAGGAAGAAAUAAUACAAGUAUUGGACAGCAUCCUGUAUUAUUAAUUAAAUAGUGUGUAGGAAUAAGGCAUAGUUUACUUCUCUAGGGCUCAAAGUGUUCACAUGUGUUCUCUGUUGAGUGCCCCUUCUCUACUGUUGACGUGAAUCUGAGGGCAGCUUGUUGGAAAAUACUAAACUUACUCAUGUUGGAAAAUAUUAACCGUGUUAAUGGCAUUUUCCUAGAGAUGUGUUUCAAAAACAAGGAUGAGGCAAAAGAAUAUUAAUGGAGGUGUGCUAUGCAGGACCUUUGACUUGGUGAAGAAGCCAGCUCUGUCUCUGAGGGCUCAUUGUGCUGGUGACUGAGGCAAUGUUGAUUUUCUCGGCUGUGCUGUGAGGUCAGUAGGUUGCUUGCUGUCUGCAGAACCUCACAGAGAUUCAGUCUCACAACAUGCAAUGCUUUGCUGUUCUGAAUAUGAUAGGGAAGCCUUUUGGCAAAGGAAUAAUUGUCUUUUAAAUACAUAGCUGGCAAUCAGGUAGUAAAAAUCACGUCAGUUUUCAUUUUGUGGAAUUCAAGAGUUUCAAGAGUAAUGAUACAAAAUACACUUCAGAUUCUGGCAUACAGCAGUAGCUGAAUUUUUAAAAGAGAACAAAAACUAAUCCCUUUGAAAGAAAGGAUCAUGAAUGUGAUUACAGUUUUAUCAGAACAAAUAUAAAAGAAAUACUUUCUAUACUUAAUAUUCUAACUUCAUAAGCAUUUUUUCCAAGGUAUCACUUGUUAUUUAGCUAUUUGUCAUAUCUGUAAAAUUUUGUUGUGUGUCUCAUAAGAAAUUUUUCAAAAGCAGUUGCUAUUGUAUAAGGAGCUACAGUUCAUCCCUGUCUUCAGUUUUAAGAAAAGGAACUAAAAGAAGGAAAUGAAAGAAUAUUAAGAAACAGAUUUGUCUGUGUUAAAACAAUGAUCAACUACAAUUGAAGCAUGAUAUAAGAAGUUCAUGUUUGGUGCCUGUUAAUAAAUGGAAUGCGUAUGCUUCUGCCUCUGUCUCUUAGGGAGCAGCAUCAGCAGCAUCUUUUGGGGAGAAUUAUGUGGGUGACCUGAGCCUUGUCUGGCAGGGCAGCCUGCUGCUGGCUAGACCACAGGUGCUGGGAUAGCGUAAUAAAGUCUCCACCAAAAGACAGGAGGACUCUUGAGCCGCUGCUGUAAUCCACAUGGGUUUAUUGAGGAUAGAACGAGGGUGAAGGAGAUGGGAGCAGGGAGACACCUGCACACAGGGGUAGCAGGCUACAAAGUGAGCGGAGAAGGAGGGGAGAACUGUGUAUAGUGUAUAGAACUGGGAAAGGCAAGGGGGGUGUCUGGGGUACAAACAGUCCAAUGGGAAGGAGGUGUAAGGGGGGAGCAGGGAUGGAGCGGGAUAAACUGGACCAAUGAGAACAAGGGGAAGGAGUGGUUAACUUGAGAGAACUAAUGCGAAAAUAGAGAACGUAGAACUUUCUAGAACUAAAGGAUGGUACAACCAGUGAUGAGUAUAAACUGGGGAGGAUAUGACAUAUGAUGGGCAUAUCUUCAUUUACAUGGGGAAGGCAGGAAUCUCAAGAUGACACUUUUAUACAGUUGUUGCUUCCCAAGGCAUAUUCAGAUAACUUUCCAAAGGACCGCCUCCCACAUCUCCCCCCUUUUUUGUUAAUUAAAUAAACAUUCCCUAAGGUUUUAACUAAGGUUCUUUUAAACAGGGUCAAAGCAAUUGAGAUCA